AUGUCAUUCAAACAAUCUUUGUAUAGCCAGCAAUCUGGCAUUGCCUGCACAGUGCUUGUACCGGAACAUGCCCCAGAGGCUAAGACCUCUGCUAUUGAAGAACUUGGAGCAAAGAUUGUCCGACUGGAACACAAGGAAUGGUGGCAAAUUGUGUCUGGAAACAAAACCUAUGACCAUGCUGAGGGUCUUGGUAUUUUUAUCCACCCAGUAUUUAACAAGUCUGUAAUUGCUGGCAAUGGGACAAUAGCUUUGGAGGUACUGGAGGACUUGCCUAAUGUGUCCUCCAUCAUUGUACCAUAUGGUGGAGGAGGUCUGGCUUCUGGGGUAGGCACAGUUGUUGAAAAUUUGAAACCCAGUGUAAAUGUCAUUACGAGUGAAUUAGAUUCUUCACCACAGGUCUACAGUAGUCUGGCAGCCGGCAAAUGUAUGCCAUGUGACUUUAAGUCGACCUUCUGUGAUGGAAUUGGUGGAUUUGGUUGUCUGUCACAAACCUGGCCCAUGGUCAGUAAAUUGGUCAAACGUUCCAUACUUGUCUCACUUGAAGAAGUGGCUAGUGCUGUCAAGGUUUUGGCUGAAAGAAACCAUGUGAUUGCCGAGGGUGCAGGGGCUUCUUCAGUUGCUGCAGCACUUUCAUCAAAAUCCAUGUUGUCUGGAGACAUUCUUUUUGACUUUUACAUUUCUUCUUUAAAAACUACACAUCCUUUUUUUUUCUUUUUCCUCGUUUAUUUUUCCAAUUCUUGA